UGAGUGAUAAUUCAAUAAGUACUUUUUUUCUUUCGUUUUUACGCUGCACAGAUUUCUGUGCCGCUUCUGGAACUGUCUGUGUGGCUGUAAAUGUUCCGAGGGGGAUUCCUUUUCGCGUUGCACAGAAACCGGACGCUGUUGGUACAUUAGCUGCAGAAAAAAUGUCAUAGUUGAGCCGAAUGAAUGGAUGCUGUGAGGUGCCUUUGCGCACAUCUGUCCAAAAUGACAUGAAGCUCUGAGCUUCCAUCGCUCAGCUCCGCCGAUUGUCGCCUCCGCUAGUCAGGGCACCAUGGCAACGAGGAUGAAGCUAAAGCUGAAGACUGUAUUUUUGCUCUACUUCAUGGUCUCGCUCCUGGGCCUCAUCUAUGCACUGAUGCAGCUCGGCCAGCGCUGUGACUGCACAGAACACGACUUCCCUAAAGACCGCACCAUAUCUCGGCUGCGUGGGGAGCUACACCGUCUUCAGGAGGAGAUGAGGAAGUUGGAGGUAACAAAGCAACCUCUGAAGCAGCCAGCCAAACCGUCCCUGCCCACCAUCUUUGUUAUCACGCCGACAUAUGCAAGGCUGGUGCAGAAGGCCGAGCUGACUCGUAUGUCCCAGACUUUUCUCCAUGUCCCUCGGCUCCACUGGAUCUUGGUGGAGGACUCGCCACACAAGACACCUCUGGUGACCGACCUGCUGAUGAAGAGCGGCCUGACCUACACUCACCUACACAUGCCCACCGCCAAGGACCGCAAACUACAGGAGGGUGACCCCAGCUGGCUCAAGCCCCGUGGAGUGGAGCAGAGAAACGAAGGGCUUCGGUGGCUUAGAGAGGACAGGAGGGCUCAGCCAGGAGGGGAUAACCAGCAGGGAGUGGUGUACUUUGCUGAUGAUGAUAACACAUACAGCCUGCAGUUGUUUGAGGAGAUGAGGAGCACACAGCGGGUGUCAGUUUGGCCGGUGGGCCUGGUCGGAGGCAUGAAGUAUGAGAGGCCUGUGGUUGAAGGAGGAAAGGUCGUUCGCUUCCAUACCGGCUGGCGUCCGAGUCGGCCCUUUCCGAUCGACAUGGCGGGCUUCGCCGUUUCCCUUAAAUUGGUCCUGGCCAAUCCGGAGGCAUGCUUUGAUGGAGAGGCACCAAUGGGCUUGCUGGAAAGCAGCUUUCUUCAGGGACUGGUUACCAUGGAUGAACUGGAGCCCAAAGCAGACAACUGCACUAAAGUGCUGGUGUGGCACACACGGACAGAGAAACCGAAGAUGAAGAGAGAGGAGGCGCUCCAGGCUCAGGGACUGGGUUCAGACCCUGCUGUGGAGGUCUGAGGGAAACACAUGCACAUCAACACACGCACACACACACACACACACACACACACACACACACACACACGCACACAGUGUGUGAUUAUAUUCUGCUGUUAAUGCUGCAUAUGUAACUGCAUUGUAAAUACUGUAAACACUAAAGUACAGAAGAGAACCUGGUUAUGAGAGACUGUUACACCCGGUUGUAAACAUAGAUGUGUAUCGAGUGUGCGUUUUGUCAUAACUGUGCUGAUUGUAUGCUAGUGUGUGUCUUUUUUUGUUUUGUUUUUGAGUUUGAUGUCCUUGUUUAGCAGUACAGUGGGUGUCAAUGUUAAACUACUACCUGAUGGGGGCGCCAGUGUAUUAGUUUGUGAAGCCAUGCUGUUCUCCUGCUGGAACAUUGCGGCUUAAAACUGGAGGGAGGGUGCGUCUCAUAGCAGGGUCGUCUUGUAUCACUUCUGUUUACUUGUAGCUCAGUUAGACGCCUGUGAUGUUUCCCGCUCCUGGCAGCAGUUAGAUGUUUUUAUCAGGGGCUGGAUGUAUAAUUCAUGUGACAGGCGAAAACCGUGUAUAUAUCUUUUCCAAAACAUGGAGUGGUAUUUUAAAAAGGAAGAUUUGGUUUUUCAUUUCAUUUUUUUUUUAAAUAGUGAGUUGAGUCAAUAUGAUGAUGAAGAAAGAAGGGGGAAAAUACAGACAACCAAGCUUGUCAUUUUUUGUGAGUGUCCCAUUCACAAACUAAAUUUUAUCAUUAUUGUUUGAUGAUCAUAAAUGUUUGUGGCUUCAUGUUAUUGUGGGUAAAACCUUUGCCUAGCAUGCCAAAGAUCCCCAGGUUGGGACUAGGAGGUGACACAAAUGCAGCGUCGGGGGAGCACAAGCCAGUGUACUCCUAUUAGCAGUCCCAAGGGUUAAGUCAGGAAGAGAUUCUUCUGCAAGGAUGACCCCAUGGGAAGUAAGGGAGCAGCUCAAAGGACCCUUAUAUACAUUUCAGUAGUGUGGGUGUGAGAAUGAAGUACGAAAGGUUACUUUGAAGGUGUUGGACUGUUUAUCACCCCAGUUUUGCUCACACAGCAGAUUGGGGCUGUUGAUGAUUUCAGAACUGAGAUCAUCAAACACAUUUUCCUUUUUUUUCAAUUCUGGGUCUGAAUUUUAUGUUUAGUGAUAUUGAGCUGCUUAUUUGAGCUCAUGUCUAAGCGUUUUGUGCAAACUGUUAUUUUUAUAUACAAAUGAUUAAUGAAUGAUUAAUGAUUAAAUGAUUAACAAGGGAAGUGUCUACUAGACUGACAGAUACAGGACAUUUGUGGUAGAUACCGAUAUUUAGGGGGUUUAAAAAAAACAAAAACCUGAUACUGAUAUCGGCCGAUAUUCCUCAUACAUGUAAAUACAUAUUUCUAGAGUAUGUUUUCCAGGAAUUGGCCGUCUUAGCUACUUUGCUGUGACAAGAUUUCUAAAUCACCUAGGUCUUUUUCAGCUUUGUUUUGUAUAAAAAACAUGAAAUGAUACGGAUAUAUCUGUGAUAUCGGCCGAUAAUAUUAGCAAACAGUAUAUUGGACAGUUUUGAUUGGACAGGGGUUUAUAUGGUCCCAGGUCUGGCUCUGGUCCCUCAAUCACAUGGAUAUAAUGUGUACCCUGGUUUAGCAGUGCAGCCUUCAGUGUCGUUCCUGUUUUCAGGCCAAGAAUCAGUUACAACUGAGCACUUAGUUCAUGCAUGGCUUCUGAUUUUUGUGUUUGUAAGUCAGUAUUCAGGCAUUUAGAUCUUUUUUUUUUUUUUUUUCUUUUUACCCCUAAAAACAAGUCAUCAGCAUCAAAACAAUGUUAAUAAUCUUUACUCAAACUGUGUAAUAACAAUGACUAGGAUUAAGCAUUGUAGAGCCAAGGCAGUGAAUACUUAGUCUUUUUUAACAAUAAAAAUAUCCAUGACUGAAACAGUGCUCUCUAAACAUGCUGAGCAGUGAACAAACCCCACGGACGACUUGCUGUUGCGUCUUUAUUAAGCCCUCAACAACCCGUGUUGCAGACAAAGUGGUGCAACUUAGCAACACGGGCACGACAAACAAAUGUGCAACGGUUCCACACCCAAUGCACAAGUUCUGGGUUGUAACUGGUGUCAUCACACCACAGCUAGUUUAACCCAGUGUUUUAUGAGCAGCUUUAGUGAUGCUUUUUAAAAAGUGGAAACCAUUUAAGGCAGUGAUUAAACAAACAACUCUGCUGAAGCGCAUAUAAACGACUUAUGCAAUAAACAAACAUGUUACAUUUCGACACUGCUGCAAUCAGAAAAACACUUGAAUUUGCCUCCAGCGGGCAGGAAAUCCCUGGUACUUAAACAUAGCAAUAUAUGAAAACUCGAGCUGUGCUUCGUCAUCUUCCACACUCCCUGCAGUUCAGCAGACGCUGUAAAAACAGCUAGUGCCUGCUUACGUGUAAUUAGUGCCUGUAAGUAACUUCUCUACUGGUGUAUAAUGUAUUUAUUACUGUUCUUUACAUUGUACAGUGUGAUCAUGUCUGUCCCUGGCCUUGGAAAUAAAAGUAAUGAAAAACA